AGGAAGGUAUUCUGGAGCUCAGCACUUAAAGAUAGAACCAAGUGUGAAGAGAGGCCAGGGAAGGCAUUUGGUAAGAGUCUCCUCAUUUCUCUGUCACAAAGGCAGGUAGAAUCAAGGAACAGCAAGGAAAGGGGAACAUUGAAAGGACUGAAGUGAACCAUUGGUAAAUAUCAAAGAAGGAAGUGUAGGGAAGGGAAGCUGCUUGCAGGUUAACAGAAAGGCAGAAGUCCUCUUUGGUCCUCUGGAGGACCUGGAAAUUGACUGCAUGACAAGUGGGGUUCUACAAGAUGGGAGACAGAGAACAUUCUGUCAGGAAGGAGCUGUCUGACCACACCUAAUAUAAAUAUAGGCUGUUUUCAUUCUUGAUGUGUUUGUCUUAAAAUGCACUGCAGGUGCAGCAGCUCUGCCCUGAAGAUAUGGAGGCUGCAGCUGUCUGGACCUUCCAUUUCCACCAUCCUCCUUCUUGCAUGCCAGAAUUAACCCCAUAUUAUCUCCUCUCCUGCACUGUGGGUCCUCAGCCCAGCCCCAGUCAUCCUCCUUACCGACUGCAGCUGCCUGAUAACUGGGACACAACUUAAGAAAAGGACUUGGCAGUCACCUGCAAAGAUGUGCUUCUGCAAGCAGAGGCACUGAUGAGCUCUGUGGAGGGAGUGUGCUGGGGAGGCACCAGCAGGGAGGGAGGAGAGCAAAGGGUGAGCACUUCAUCUGAGGGAGAAACAGCUUGGGAGGCUGUUGGACUAAAGCAGUGGGGAAACUAAGGGCAUGGAAAGCUCAGGAGGAAAGUGUAUGUGGGAGGAUGGAGCCAAGGAUGGUUAAAAAUAACAGUCUUGUACAGCUAGUAUGGCACUCCACUGGCAUUUUAAACCUGCUGUCUUUCUGAGUUUUGAAAAGUGAACUUUACAUUUAAUUGUUCUGAUUGCUAUUGACCAUCCAGGACCACUGCCAUUUUGUCCAGCAGGCCCCAUUUUCUUCACUGCUGGUCCAGUGGUUGCAACCAGGUCUUCAGCAUAUUGCUCUUUGCAUCCUUGCCUGAUGUAAAUAUUGGUGUAUCUCCAGUUAUACCUUGAUUUCUCUGGAAGGGAGAUGGUGUUUUUUAGCUUGCAUCAACACAGUGACUAGCACACAAAAUUCAUGCAAUAAUGAUCUAUCACAAAUUAGAGGUAAAUCAAAACACUAUUCACAAGCAAUUUGUACAGUGUGGAGUUCGGGCAUGGGCUAACUUGACAGCCAUUUCUUUUAAAGUUUCUGGAGAGCUGCCAGUUUUUCAGCCCUGUGGCUGUUCAAAGUGCUGUGGUAGUCUCUGUAUGAAUACCACAUGUGAGACAAGACCAAGUGGCACAGAUCUGCUGGGGCUUUGAACCUCCUGGCACUUGGAAUCGAUGUGAGGAAAAGAAGGAAGGAACAAUAAAUAAAAGAAUAAAGGAAAGCGAAGUACAAAGUGAAGAACAUCUGUGCAUUCUGAUAACAAUUCUUCAGUAGCACAGCACCAUAAAAAAUGUUGCCUGGUUAAUGUAGAGCAGUUACUUGCUAUGCUGGAGCCAUUUCCUAGAAUUUUUAUAAUAUCAAGUUUUGUCUUUGAAAUAUGGAAGGAAUGGAUUUCUUUGUCUUUCUCUGCUCCUCCCUUGCCUUUAUCCUCCCAAUUCCAAGUAAGGAUGUAAGUGAGGUUCCCUUUCAUCUCCAGUGUAAAUUUAUUCAUGAACAUUAUAAAACUGUUGGUCAGUUCUUGUUUCAGAGUUUACUCUUACCUUCAAUAACUCUUGUGUCUUUAGUGCUUGCCCCCAUCUGUUUCUGGAGAAAAGCCAGCUUGUCUCUUCAUGGGAAGCUUUGCCAGACCUGGCUGUCCCAGCCCUGCUUCUCUCCUUCCAUCUAACAGACUCUCCAUUUUCCUGUUUCCUACAGAAGAUGACCUCUAAUGCUCAGAGGACUCUCUGCCUGUGGUAAUGUGAUCUGGUGGCAGCAGCAGAAAAAAGUCAUCUCCAAGACACAACAAAAGAGCUCUCAGGAUGCCAGAGCCAGCGAAGUCAACCUCAGCCCCCAAAAAGGGCUCCAAGAAGGCCGUCACAAAGACGCAGAAGAAGGGCGACAAGAAGCGCCACAAAAGCAGGAAGGAGAGCUACUCCAUCUACGUGUACAAGGUGCUGAAGCAGGUGCACCCUGACACGGGCAUCUCGUCCAAGGCCAUGGGCAUCAUGAACUCCUUCGUCAACGACAUCUUUGAGCGCAUUGCCGGCGAGGCCUCGCGCCUGGCGCACUACAACAAGCGCUCCACCAUCACCUCGCGGGAGAUCCAGACGGCCGUGCGCCUGCUGCUGCCCGGCGAGCUGGCCAAGCACGCCGUGUCCGAGGGCACCAAGGCUGUCACCAAGUACACCAGCUCCAAAUAGCUGUGUGUGUGUCCCCUCUGCAGCAGCACCAUCGAGCGCAGGGCCCUCCACGCCAGCACAGGCAGGCAGCCAUGGUGAAUGGUCACAGCUAUUGUCCACAGCAAUCUGCAACUGGGGAUGGGCACGGGAAGCUGCCCAGAGGAGGAGGAGACAGUGAUCUGGAUAUCAGCUGGUUUCCAUCAUCUGCUCAGGAUGUGGGAAGGACCUGCCGAGGCUGGCAGUGGAGGCCCCUGCUUUUACAUCUCAUUCAAAGAACUGACCAGCCAUGGUUUAUCCAGUCUCCUCUGUGCUUGGCAAACAUUCCUGUUUGGCACUGGGAGGGGGGACUGGCAGCAGCAACACAGAGACACCCUCACUGAAGUCUUCCUGUUUGACUGCUUUCUCACAGUCAUCUGAUAUGGGUACUGAGGAGUCAGCAUCCUCUCCCUCAGAGCCUGAAUCCCUCCUGGUGUGCAGUGCCUCAGCCCACCCCGUGCUGGCAGAAGUGGCAUCAGCAGCUCCCAGGCACAUAUUGAUUCAACAGCUAUCUGUGCUUGACAGCCUGUUUUAAAGAGCAAGCCUGGCAGGCAGGCAGAUGCCCACGUUGAUAGCAAGCACUAAUCCUCCUCCUUGCUCCUGAUGGAUGAGCCAUGGAGCAGGAUGAGGGUGCUGGAGCUGCCCACUGCCUCCCACCUUGUGCUGAGGUGGAGGGAUGGACAAGGUGGGAUGUUGGGAGUGGGCCUCUGUCUUUCCUGGCUGCUGCUUUGCCUGCCUUAGGACUUGCUUUGGCAUGCAAGACAUUGCUAAUUCUGCUGCUUUUCAGAGACUUUUCCUGCCUUGAUGCUGCCUGGGUGUUCCCUUCCACCAUAAGUGUGGGCAAGAUGGGGUGGUGCCCGUGGGGGUCCCCUCUCCUGUGAGCAAUAGGGUGAUGCAGGACAAACAGCACAGAUGUUGUGGGCAGGGACUGAGGAUUUGGGAAGCAUCUGGUGUGGGGGCACAGGUGGUCAGUGCAUUUUGAGGGAUGGGAGGAAGCUGGAUCCCCUCAGAGAUCACUGCAGGCAGCUCGCCUGGCCCUGCCCUCCCUAAUUCAUUCAGCAGUUAGAAAGCAAAAGCAAAAUUGGAGGCUGGGUGGAUAUAUAGGGACACUUACCUGCAUCCCAGAUAUUUAAAAGAUUAAAUAGUUUUAAGCUAUUUCAGAUAGUCCCCUUAUCUUUUCAAAGUCCACAGUAAGGUGAGCAAUAAUAAAUUCAUGAUAAAGCCAUAGAGGUUAAUGGAGGAAUGUCUUGGUUACAGGUUUAUCUUGCCCAGACUGCUGGAUAGCAGAAGGGCCUGUGUAGAACUGGUGUGAAGUUGAAGCUUCCUACUCAAACCACAAAAUUAGCCAACAUUAAAAAAAAUCAAAGCCUCUGGUAGGCAGUAACAUUCAAACAAAAAAUAUUCAUGUCUAAAAUAACAACAGCUUUCUGCACUUACUCUGUAAAUAAAAGGAGCAGUAAGGAGAUAGGAUCCAGAACUAAGUUCAGAUUCUCCCUAGGCUUCAGGACCUUGCUUUUAAUUAAAAGGUAAAUUCAUAUCCCAAAAUAGCAGCCAUGCAGUACAUUUCUAUCUUUCCCCUGCCUUUAUCUCUAUCCUGUUUCUUUACACUUUGAGAGUGAUUGGGACCUUUGGCAAAUUUAUGUUGCUUUUGGAGCUGUAGGGCUCUGCAGCUCCAGAAGAUUCUCAUUGCAGUCAUUUUUCCAGCUGGUCUGAGGCAUAGCCCUGCUCAGAAGGCUGGGAGCAGCCUGGGGUCUCUGUGCAAGAGUGAAGGUCAGUUUGUUUGUGGGCUGCUCACACAGCCCUGCUUUGGGUGUCAGCACCCCACACUUGGGAGGGGGCCAGGGCCACAUCUCCCAGGAUCACCUCCCACACUCUGCUCAGUGCUAACACACAGCUGUGUCUCAUAGCCUGGUGCUGACAGCUCUCAGAAAGAACCAAACCCAUCUCCCUGGGUGCCAGCACCCACAAGGAGCAGCUGCCAGCAACAGCCCCUGUAUUCAGUGUCAGUGGCAUUGGUAACCUGGGCCUCUUGGCCAGGACACUGUGCAGGUACAGCUCAGUACUCCCUUUUGUUUCCAAUCAGUCAGAAUCAGAUACCAAAGAUGAACAUGUACCUGCAGUGGGCCCAGAGCCACCAUCCUUGACACCUGUGCCACAAGAAUCCAGGCAGUGGAUGAUGCACCAGGAGCACUGUUGGGAGUGAAGGGCUGGGUGGCAUUGCUGGAGCUUUCUUCUUCUGUCCCUGUGAGCUGCAGGUCAGAAUUCAUCCCUGUGAGGAGCUCUCUUGAAGGCAGGAAUUCAGAGUGGAAUGAGCCCUCUCCAGUCCAAGCAGUGUGUUUGAGCCAGGACACAUCUCCCAGGAUCACCUGGCACAGCCUCUAAACUCUCACUUUUCUGAGCAGAGUCCCACUUGAGUCUCCACAGACUGCAAGAAAUCAAGAAAAUAAAAUUAGGGUUUGGCCCUGCAGGGUCUCCUGGGCAGCUCAGGAGCCAGGAAUGAGGCUGGGCACUCAGAUGGGAGCUGCUCACUCCAUACUCAGAGUACUGGUUCCAUUUUCUUCUGCCACUGUUGUCAUUCUCCAUUUUUGGAGAUUGUUUCAGAGAGGAGAACCAGUGAUUUAAAUAUACAAAAUACUUGAAGGCUUAAAGAAAACUUUUAUAUUGUCUAAAGCCAAAUGACUGAGGCUGAUCAUGUCCAUGCAUUUAUAGUUUAGGUUGUCCUUUUAUGCAUCAUUUGCUCUUCACUGUCCAUUUGUAUUUUUUUUCACUCACUCCUGACAAUGUGAAGCACAGGAUUGAAGAACUGAUCCAUAUUAAAACAAACCUUUUUUUUUCUUUCCUUUCUUUCAAGCUUUGUUUUAACCCUGUUCUGGUGGCUGCUCUGUUCUGUCAUACAUUUGUGCCAGCAAAGGGAAGGGAUGAUCCAGGAAGGGCAAGGCUGGUAUAAGCUAGGACUGACACAGAAAGCAUCUGGGAAGUUAAUGUACAGGACACCAUCCACACAUCCAAAUGGGAAUUAGUUUGCAUGUGAUAAGCUUGGGCUAAGCCUUAAUAUUAGAGGCAACAGAAGGUGGUCUGAAAGUUCAAGGAUUGAUUGUCCUGUAAGCAGUCUGAGGUGUGACAUAUUUCACAGUUUCCUGGUAAGGAGAUUUGCUGCAGAAGAUGGAUUCUGCACUACAGGAUCAGUGCUUUUAAAGAAUACAUAUUUCCAGCUCUGGAAUUGAGAAAAUGUUUUAAAAGUGAAGAUAAUAUACCAAGCCCCACUAUCCCUACCUGAUCCCCUCUGCAGUCCCAAAAGCAUCUCUGGGCCAUGCCUGUGUUUUGCCAACUAAAGUAAAUCAACUACAGAUUGAAAGUUGGAAAGGAAGAUGAUAAAGGUAAUACAGCCUUGAUACUAACCUCAUAUUAACCCCAAGGAUAUCACUGUAAGUGUUAUUUGUUAUUUGUUUUCAUGUACAAUUUAAAAGAGAAAACAAGCUGCUAUAGAUCUUCUGAUUGUCCACCCUGCUUCCCCAGAAGGGCCUAAAGUCCAUCUGCCUUUCACAGCAGAGUUCAGCCUGUAGAGGAGCGGAGUGUGGAGGCUUGCUCCUGCUCAGGACUGACAGGUUUUUAGUGAAGCUUGGGGAAAAUGAGCAAAAACCAUUGUGGAGGAUGAGUGCCUGUCCUGGGCACAGCUGUGUGCCCCACAGGGACACUGAAGAGUCCUGCCCAGUGGAGCUGUGUGGCCUGUGCACCCUUACUCUGGUGAGAGGCAGCCCCAAGUCCUGCCACCCCUGGAGCAGAGUUUGGCAUGGCCUCUGCAUAGCCCUGAGCUUCUGUUCCAUCACAGCAUGUCCUGAGGGUUUACAUCCAGACCAAACUGUUUGCAGGCAAAGGAAGAAUGGGAACUGAAUAAUAAAAAUCACUUAGUGACAGAAUUUGAGGGUUUCCUGGGACCACCACCUGGGGAGCAAUCUUUCAUGCUUACUCCAUGCAUGGUAUCUCUUGGGCUUAUGUACACAGAGUUUUUCUGACAGUAAGUGUUACAUCAAGUAUGAUCCAUGUUAAAUUGCUGCUGGGUUAUGACUUUAGUGCAAAUUACCUGCUUUCUGUUAAGUGUCUAAAUAAAAUGUAACUUCCAUUCUGUUGGAAGUCAAUGGUA